AUGGAGAAAAGCGAUCGCAAGCGUCUAUCGAAGAUAAAUAUAUGCUUAGACCCACCAUGGAUAUUUGAUGAAAUAUCUGAUGAAAAAUUAUACUUGGCAUACACACAAAGACAAAGAGAGGGAGCAGUCGUGCGUUGGAUAUCGUUAGGAUUUUUGUUGCAAUUAUUCGUGAUAUUUGUUCCGGGCGAAAGCGACUUAAAAUUCGCUUAUUCAUCAGUGGUCAUUUUCACCCUACUUAAUAUAAGUUUGUCAAUAGUGUACGCAGUUGUCCGAAAGGCACGUCCGCUUCUAAACCAUACAGCGUGGCUUGUUAUCUGGAUAGAACUCCUUGUAAGUGCAUCGCGGCGAGUUGGAGAUUCUUACAACGAGCUUCUGGGAUGGGCCAUUGUCCUACAAUACUUCACGUUGACAACGCUGCCUUUUCAUCACCUGUUGCUCAUAGCAUACAGCAUGAUAACCUUUACAGCUUAUUUGUUAGUGCAGUACUAUAAUGCAAAAGUAUGGAAUUUCAGCGUUGAAGACCUGUCUAUUCAGCAAGUGGCAAAUGGAUGCUUAUUACUAGGAGCGACGUUAUUAGGCGGUACAGCAUAUGUCAUUAAUGAACGGAAACAACGACUAUCGUUUAAAGAGACCAAGCGGAGUUUAGGAGAUAAACUUACGAUUGAACAACAGAGCAAAGAACAAGAGAGAUUGCUACUCUCAGUAUUACCGGAACAUGUAGCUGUGAAAAUGAGGGCAGAUCUGGGAUGUAUCGACACACAAUUUAAGAAAAUUUAUAUGUCAAGGCACGAAAAUGUAAGCAUAUUAUAUGCAGACAUAGUUGGUUUCACUGCUAUAUCUUCUUCAUAUUCAGCACAGGAUCUUGUUGCGAUACUAAAUGAACUGUUCGCGCGGUUUGAUCGAUUGGCGGAGAAAUACCAGCAGUUACGUAUAAAGAUUCUGGGCGACUGCUAUUAUUGCAUUAGUGGUGCACCAGUAGAGAGACCCGACCAUGCUGUUCUUUGUGUGCAUAUGGGAUUAUCGAUGGUCAAAGCCAUAAAAUAUGUACAAAGAAUAACAAACUCUCCCGUCGAUAUGCGAGUUGGCAUUCAUACUGGAGCCGUCCUAGCCGGAGUUCUGGGUCAAAGACAAUGGCAGUUUGACGUAUACUCCCGGGAUGUGGAGCUCGCUAAUAAGAUGGAGAGCAGCGGAAUGGCUGGGCGCGUGCACGUGUCGGAAGUGACACUCAGUUUCCUGAAAGACGAGUUCGAGGUGGAGCCCGCACACGGCGAGCGACGCGAGGAGAUGCUCCGGCAGGCUGGAAUCAAGACAUACUUUAUUGUCCGGUACAAGGGGAGUGAUGAAAAAUGUAUUGAAGGCGAAGCGGGCGGCGGCGACUGGCCCGAUGUUCUAUCCGACCUCAAAGACGACGAUGAGGACUCUGUUUUGUCACCACAAGACGAGACCAAGGUCAGCGAGGAGAUUAAGAUUCAUACCAUGUUGCAAGAAGAACUGGUCAAUAGAGAUGAUGAUAGGGAAUUAGCGGAUGGAACAACUAUUUGCUUGACUUUCAAAGAGGAUGAGGUGGAAAGGGGUUACGCCCAACGCGGAAAUUCGUACCCGCAAGCAAUCGGCGCGCCACCGAUGAUUAUUUUACCAGCUUUGACGCCUAUCAUCACGUUUGCUGUACCGAGCACGUGGACUUUCCACGCGUUCUACAUUGCACUGGUUUUGGAAGCCUUCGCUCUUAAUAUUCUCUAUCUCAUCAUCUUUCGAUGCGCCCAGUAUAAGAACAAGAAGAUACCUGCAAUUUGGAAAUUAAUGUGUGGUUUGUUCAACGUUGCUGUCUUUUUAACCUUGAACGUGAUUCCUUUGGUUUUAUGUGGCGUUAUCGAGACCGAUUCGGAAGACGAUCAAUUCAAUGAAAGCUAUGGAGCAAACCAACGAUGCCUUCACACCUCUUAUUAUUAUCAUAUGGGAGUUGGCAUAGCGUGCAGUGUGUUAUGGUUGCGGCCACUACGUGAGGGAUACCGAGUACUUCUGCUGCUAGGGGUCGCCGUAGCCCAUGCGUUGCCCGCAGUGUUCUACCCAGCGUUGCUGGCUCGGUACCGCCUGCCUUACGACCCUUUCGUCACCGCCAAUACCACAGCUAAUACCACCGCCCUCGACGUCCCCGAAAUGCUAGAGUUGAUGUCCAAGUUUCACGCUGGACGACACAUUAUAAUGUUGUUUAUAAUCGUUGCCGGAUUGAUUAUUUACCAUAGAUAUAGCGAAUCCCUGGAGCGCGCUCGCUACUCCCGCGGCGUACGCAUGCGUGUGCAAGCAGAACAGGCGCACGAGUUGCGUCGGCGCAACGAAGCUCUGGUCCACAACGUACUACCACCACACGUGGCCACACACUUCAUGGGGGGUCGGCAUCACCACCGGGACCUGUACAGCCAGAGCUAUGCCGAAGUCGGCGUCCUAUUUGCCUCUAUGCCCAAUUUUACAGAGUUUUACUCGGAAGAAACGGUCAACAAUCAAGGUCUAGAGUGUUUACGAUUUCUCAACGAAGUUAUAUCGGAUUUCGAUCUUCUUCUAGAGGAGUCUAAGUUCAAGGACAUCAUUAAAAUUAAAACAAUAAGUUCUACUUAUAUGGCCGCAUCAGGACUUAACCCAGCUCGACAGAUGCAGCCCUCUGAUGGCGUUCUGGUUCGAUGGGCCCACCUCGCUUGCCUGGUGGAAUUCGCGCUAGAACUUCAACGAGUGCUUGCUGCUAUAAAUGAGCAAUCCUUCAAUCAUUUUGUGCUGCGCAUGGGCGUUAACCACGGUCCUAUCACAGCUGGUGUAAUCGGAGCUAGGAAACCACACUACGAUAUUUGGGGUAACACAGUAAACGUUGCGUCCCGUAUGGAGAGUACUGGAAAAGCUGGAUGCAUACAGAUGGGUAAAGCGAGGGAAAUUUUUAAGGUGACGGAGGAGACAUGCGAGAUCCUGCAGAAAUUCGGAUACUACUUCGAGCAGCGUGGUUUAGUGGCAGUUAAGGGGAAAGGACAGCUGAUGACCUAUUAUCUGCAGGGCAAACGUGAUGAACCAGUAAACCAUUCUGACUGCACUACAGCCAUAGUUGAAGAGACAGAACCAACGGAUCCGAGAUGUGCAUUAUUAGCUAACGGUGACGCACCUCCUCCUUCCGUUCAAACAAUUGACGAAGCUGAUGUGCAGCGCCCUCUACUGCCCUAA